AAUCCACUCUCUAGAAGUAAAAUCCGUCAACAAAUCGGACACGCUUUGGAACGUCAGCGUCCAUCAACCAAUCAGGAGUCUCAAAGGAGUACACUGAAAGGCAGGGAGCCUGAAAGUAUGUUAGCCAGAAUGUUUGCCGAUGAUGAAUUUGGCUUACCUUGGCAUAGUUCAGUUGACCAUUCAGGUGCUUACUUGAUCGACAGAAGUCCGUCAUACUUUGAACCUGUUCUCAAUUAUCUUCGACACGGACAACUUAUUCUUGACAAAGGACUUAAUCCAGCUGGUGUCUUUGAAGAAGCGAUAUUUUUUGGUAUCACAUCACUGUAUAAACCUUUAGAGGAAAUGAUUAAACAGAAUGAAAAACCAGGAGACCAUACAGCAAUUACAAGAAGGGAAUUUGUGUUGAUGCUUCAAGGGAGAGGGGCUAACUGUGAGCUCAGAUGUCAGGGGAUGAAUUUCGAAGGUGCAGACUUGUCUAAUCUUGAUCUCAGAUACAUCAAUCUUAAACUAGCAAAUCUCAGCAAGGCAGAUUUGUCCGGUGCUAAUAUGUCAUGUUGUUGUCUAGAACGAACAAAUAUGGCGGGUGCAAAGAUGGAUGGUGCUAACCUGCAAGGUGUCCGGAUGGUACUUGCCAAUCUAGAAGGUGCUACAUUAAUUGGAUGUAAUUUUGAGGACCCUCAUGGAAGAAAAGCCAAUAUGGAAGGUGUCAAUAUGAAAGGUGUUAAUUUAGAAAACAGUCAGAUGGCUGGGGUGAACCUUAGAGUUGCAACUUUGAAGAAUGCUAACCUGAAGAAUUCUAACCUCAGAGGAGCAAUACUUGCAGGAACAGAUCUAGAGUAACUCAAGGCCUACAACAGCCUCGACGUGUACAAGUCCCCCAUCAGGAUGGGUUUGAAGCUUAGUCUGUCUGCAGAAGCACAAUUUCAUCAUCAAAUCAAGUGGCAAGGAUGAAACAGGAAACAUCGUGCACAUCCCUCCCAAGUUCACUGCUUGCACCAUCUAUAAUUAGAGCAGCAAAUGUUACACCAUCAUUGGAUGCAGAUUUUUCCCUAUGCCAAAAGCAGAUGCCAGAACUGCAAUCUGACAGGUUGUGAUCUCCAGGAAGCUAAUCUGAGAGGGGCUAAUGUCAAGAAUGCAACAUUCGAAGAAAUGCUUACACCUCUACACAUGUCACAAUCAGUCAGGUAAAUAGUAGCAGGAACAACGUAUUAAAAUAUAGGAUUAUCAUAGUUUAUAGGAAAAAAUUCUAGCAUCUUUCAUGACACCUUUGUGAAUCAUCUAAUUUCUGGUUAUAAAACUCAACUGGAAAUAUUUACUUACUGGAGGAAAAUUAACAACUCAGCUCCAACUUGUGGAGGUGGAUUGAAAGUGGCGGAUUGAUAUUUGUAGUAUAUGGCCUAAAACUAUUAUAAAGAAAUAUGAUUUGUAAAGCAUUUAAUGACAAUUAAAAUAAACUACCCUGGCCUAGGCCAGGGUAGUUUAUUUCGUCCCGUGGGAACUAAAUGAUCAGAAAAUCCUUGCCAUGCAAUAGAAAUACACACGCAAAAUAACGUUUGAAAAUCUUGAACUUCUUUGUGGCUGCCAGUUAAGGGCUGUAUAUUGGCAAUAAAUCUUGCCCCGAACAAUAGGUGCAAAGCUCACUAUGAUGGCAACAUCGACGUUUUAAAUAACAAGGAAGUACCAAGUGACAUAAAAAUUAGGAUGCGUUUGGUUAGCUCAACGGCAUCGAGACAGACGGGUGAAGGGCGCGAAAGCGUAGCCAUCCAAAAAAACGAAAUCUGGCCGAGUCGUUCUUUUAAGGUCUUGCUAGCUUCAAAUUAAGUUGAUUUUCCCGCUUUGCGGCUGACAUAAGUGUCCGUUACUGGCGAUUGACCAACGCAUGCUUUGAGACUGAGGAAUAGCCGCAGUUUGAUCAGUUAACCCGAUCUGUGUUUGAUUUGUUAGCCGUACUUAUUCCGAAAUGGCCGUCUGGUAUAUUAUUAUUGGAGAAAUGUAUCUUAAUGUAAUGAUAUACUUGCCGAUUUGCAUUUUACUCGUACAAGCUCGACAGCGUUCGAUUUACCUCUCGAGUGACUUCUCGCGCUUACUCGAGCCUGGCCCAAGUAACCGACUCGCCGAGCCGGUCACUUGGGUAAGUAUCUCAUAAGGCCACACAACGUCCGGCAGGCGCCUCUCAAGGCCGUGUCCGAAAUGGGCUUCUACGGAGCAUAGAGCUACAAACCCUAUGUAGCUCUUUGCACGAAGCUACAGCCACGAAUUAUUGUCAGCGCGUCCCUGCGUAUUUUCACUGGCCGUGGACGUGCUCUAAACAGUUAAUUGAUUCGGAUGCAGCCUGAAAAAUUGAAAAUGUUGCAACUUCCGCAAUUUUGUACAAAGUCUAUGGCGAGUCAACACAAUUUGAUUUCCUAACAAAAUUGGAAAUAUUUCUCGGUCCCAGAUUCAUGUCUUAUCAUUUUCUGCAAAUGAAUAACCUUCAUUUGAGAGAAGAAAAAAAUGGCGUAAGGUUGCAACAUUCCCCCGCCCCUGAAAAGCAAAUAUAAAAAUAAGAAAAUUAAUUAAUAAAUAAAUCAAUAAAUGAAUAUAUAAAUAAGAAAAGAGGUGAGAAGUAAUUUAAUGAGUUGGGUGGGGGGGGAGGCAAAAUGUUCCUACCCCCUCUAAAACUGAUCAAUCAAGAAUAUGUUGGGGGGGGGAGACUCUUUUUGGAAAAUAUGUUUUGCCCCCUCUCUAAAAAAAAAAAUCCUAUUGCGCCCAAAUUCAUCCAGGUAUCAAAUGGCUCUUUUUAUUUGGGAUACUGGAGCGGAGACCACGGCAGAGCUGGCUAGCUGUUUGUCUUUUUCGGUUACUGGAUGGAGAUGCUGCAACUCAAUUUUGAUGUGUUCUCUCGUUUCUCCUUUUUAAAGUUCGGUUUUCAAAUGCAAUU